GGGAUGGCCUCUCUCAGGUUUCUCUCUGAUAUUCACAGAAACUUAAUUCGUCCUACAAGCUUCGCCUCUUUAUAUUCUAUUUUCCUUGUUUUGAGCAGUUUUGAGUUCCCCUCUUUGUACUCCACUUUCCAUGCGGUGAGCUACAUAACCUCUGCUGACUUAUUUGUCAAUAUAAUUGUCGUUGUUUUUCGUCUAGUGUUGAAUUAAAGUAUACAGGUGAAGGAACGAAAAUAGCGUCGACGUACACAAUGUCCAUACUCGCGAGGCGAAUACUCUCAUCCAACUUCUCGAGAGAGUGGCAAUGUUUGCGACCUGUCAUCUGUAAUACCUCUCUACAACGAUGUCAGCUAUCGACUCAGACUCAACCGAGUACAGAGAAAUCCGAUCUAUCUGAUGUCUCAGAAGGCUCAGAGGUCACGACGUUAGAUCCGCUGACACAUCCAGACUUCUUCCAAGUGCACAAGCUGUUCACCGUGAAGGAUCUGUACGACGCGAGAGUGCACUUCGGCCACAAGGAGACCGCGUUGAACGAACACAUGGAGACAUUUGUAUUCGGCUCCAGAUUGGGACACCUGAUAAUCGAUUUAGACCAAACCGCUGAAUUGUUGAGACAGGCGUUGAACUUCACUGCCCAUAUCGCUUUCAGGGGCGGCAUUAUCCUGUUCAUCUCGCGCAAUCCUCAGGUCACGCAUUUAGUGGACAAGACGGCUAAGGAAUGUAAGGAAUUUUCGCAGACGAGAUUCUGGCGGCACGGGUUGUUCCCCAAUUCGAGAAAUCAGUUCAAGGCAACGACGCGAUUGCCGGAUCUGUGCAUCUUUCUUAGUACUCUCGACACCGUCAUGUCCGAGCACACGGCGGUGAGACACGCGGCGAAGAUGUGCAUACCCAGCGUCGGCAUAGUCGACACUAACUGCAAUCCGAAUCUUAUAACAUAUCCCGUGCCCGGAAACGACGAUUCUCCGUCUGCCGUCAAGCUCUAUUGUUCGUUAUUCAAAGAAGCUAUUCUGAGAGGGAAAAGGGCUAGAGAACGGCUGAUGCAAUAUGAGGAAUCGACGUAAAUCUGAUAAAUAAUUCGUGGCUAAGCAAAUAUGUAUAAAUGUACACGUAAAAAAUAUAGCAGAUGAAAUACA